AUGGAAGAGCUGGACACCAUCGCCACCCAGAAAUCCUGGGCCCAAGGAUCCCUUCAGAAACCUUUUACCUCUAUCGUGACGCUGUAUAUGCACGAGCAGCUCUCGCUUGAGCAGGCUGUUCGCGAGAUCACCAAUGUGAUUAAGAAUAUUUACUAUGCAGAUGGGGACGUUGACUCCUACCUCCUCGACCUCUGGCUCACAACCCUCCACACCUCCAAAAAACUCCCCCGCCCAACCACCACCCCCCCGGAUCAGCCCACCCCGUUACAAUCCCGACUCCUCACGCUCCUCGAGACCCUCCGCCGGCAAACAAACCCCAUCCCUCGCCCGCAUCUCGACUCCCAGAAUCCCAUCCCGGAUGACCCGUUCGCGACGCCGACCCGGUCUGCUACGUCUUCGAGGACUCAGUUGGUUGAGGAUUCGGAGGCGGUGGUUGGGUUGGGACAGGGGGAUGUUGGUCGGCAGGAGCAGCAGUUUGAUAACUAUACCUCUCCCUAUAACAAUAACAAUAACUAUGGCUAUGGCUAUGGCUAUGGCUACAGAUAUAACGAUAAUGAUAAUGAUAGCGAUCGAUACCCCCCUGGAGAGAGAGGAGGAGGAACAGGAAACAGAAACGGAAAACAAAAACGCAUCAUCUGGUCCCAACUCCCCCGCUUCCUCGACGGCGUGCGCAUCGCCCUCCACGACGAACCGGGCCGUCCGUCAACGGGGUUCGCGGAGCUAGAAGUCCGCGCGUGGGAGGAUCUCGUUGCCUUCCUGGCGCUGUGUGCGAGACACCAGAUCGUCCCGGAUCCGGUCCCGGGGUCGGGGUCGGGGUCUGAGGAUUUUGGCUCAGCGGCGGAGGGGAGGAAUGUGAAUGGCGACAGAAAUGGGAAUGGGAAUGGGAUGGAUCAGGAAGGGGAAGGGACCGGUGGAUUGGAUGCCGUCGCGGUGAGGAUGUUGAAGGGGGCGUUGGAGGAUCAUCAACACCAUAAUCAUGAGGGUACUACGAGCAAGAUUCUCAACAAAAUCAAGAAACCCCACAAAAAGCAAGACCAACAAGCCGCCGAAGAAGAGGCCGUGCGGAAAGAAUCCGCCCAGAUCACCGAAGCCGUCAAACUGAACGUCUACGUCGCGGCGGCCGCACUCUGGGCCGUCAUCAUGGGCGAGGAGCUGUGGGAGCGACAAGGGCAGAAGGUGGAAUCGCCCGUGGGUCUGUCGCUGGAGCCCGUGCCGCAGGUGCCUGCGGGGAAGAUCUCGAAGCCGCGAUGGCGUAUGUGGAUCGAUCGGUUCCAGUUUAUGAGUUUGCGGGAGGAUCUGCGUAUCUCGACUCGUGAGCUGGCGGCUGAGGCGGCGGCUGUCAUGUUACGGGUUGUUUAA